AUGGCAUCGGGUGCCGUUGCAGAUAGCCUGAACGCCUCUGCAGCGCUCCAAGCCUAUCUGAGUACACACCCCAUCAGCACUCGCUCAGCUCCCGCAUCUCAAUCCACCACCGACCUGGACAGCCUCAAGGCUGCAGUCCUGGCCGGUAAUUUCACUCCUUCUCGAUCAUGGGAAUUCUUGCGCGACCCUUGUCCUGGUAGCUGCACGAAUCUCGGGACCGACUCGUCCGCCUGGCCGGUCUACUCCAGUGUCAGCCGUCUGUCUCGAUGUAACAGCACCAUGCUUCUUGAUUUUGCCCUCUAUACGGACGUGGAUCAAUCCAGUGGCCAUGUCAGCAUUCGUGGUUGCAGUGCCGAUCUGGUCGCUAGCCUUGAGGGACUCACCGGGAACUCUUCCUGCCCGGUGCCUGGCAACACAACGGCCGUCACUUCGCUGAUGGAAAUAUCCCAAGACAACACCACCGUCCCAGUAGGCAACGCUGCUGACGCUGUAGCAGCGCUGGGAGAGCUUCUAGCCUAUGAAACAUUGAUCCCAAACCGUUGCAACGAGACAAUAAAUUUUGCCUACUCGGGGGAGACUGCCGUCGGUUUGUACGCGGGCUCCAGUCUCCACAGUCAAAACAUCCUCACCACCGUUCUGGUAACUCUGAUGGAGUACAUUGACCAGAAUGGUGCGCCAGGUACCUUGGUGGUUCAGCUCUGUGACGAGCGUAGCGCUCGAUACUCCCUGGGGAUUAUGAUAAGCUCUUCGGGAGAUCUCUCUGCUACACAAUCCGCAGUCCAGACAUGGCGGAGCGAUAGCUGUGUGAACACGGUCAGUGAGAGCAAUCCCUGGGUGAAUUUGACCACAAACUCCAGCAGCCUCUGGGCUCGCCAUAUGCGGGCCCGCACUAGCGAUGACACAUGCACCACAGUCCAGGUGGUGUCCGGAGAUUCAUGUGCCACGCUUGCCACAGAGUGUGGCAUCACUGCUGAUGAGCUGACUACCUACAACCCGAGCUCCACUCUGUGUUCGACCUUGACCGUGGGCGAAUAUGUAUGUUGCUCGGAGGGGACUCUGCCUGAUAAUGCUCCCUCCCCCGAUGCCGAUGACAAUUGCUACUCAUACCUCGUCGAAAAGGGGGAUAGCUGUGACGCACUAGCCACCACAUACACGUUGACCGUUGCGGAGAUUGAAAGCUACAACAAUGACACCUGGGGCUGGAUGGGCUGCGAUGAUCUCCUUGCUGGUGAAUACAUCUGUCUCAGCUCGGGUUGGCCCCCGAUGCCCGCUGUCAUCUCCAAUGCGGUUUGCGGGCCACAGGUCAACGGGACUGCCACAGUGCCUCAUGGAACCGAUCUUAGCACCUUGAACGAGUGUCCCCUAAAUGCCUGCUGCGACAUCUGGGGUCAGUGUGGUAUCACGGCCGAGUUCUGUACCCCGACAAACUCCACAACCGGAGCCCCAGGUACCGCGGCCAAUGGCACCAACGGCUGUAUCUCAAAUUGUGGUACGGAGAUUGUCCUGGGUGAUGCACCCACUGAGCUGUUCAAGAUUGGAUAUUUUGAAGGAUACGACACUGAUAGGGUAUGCAUGCGGACGAUGAUCAGCGAUAUUGACACCAGCGCAUACACCCACAUUCACAUGUCCUUUGCCACCCUGAAUGCUGAUUUCUCUUACAAUAUCUCGUCGAUUGAGUCACAGAUGGACGAUUUCAUUCUUCUGGACGGGGUCAAACGCAUCAUGACAGUCGGUGGAUGGAGCUUCUCUACCGACGUCGGCACAUACGAUAUCUUCCGCGAGGCCGUUGGAAGCAGCGACAACCGAGCGACCCUGAUCUCAAACACGAUCGAUUUCCUGGAUACCUACGACCUGGAUGGUAUCGAUUGGGACUGGGAGUAUCCUGCGGAGCCCGAUAUUCCGGAUAUCCCUGCCGACAGUACUGAUGAUGGUACGAACUUCUUUCUCUUCCUCAUGGAGUUGUCUCUCCAGAUGGAGAUCGAUGUCCCGAACAAGACCAUCUCAACCACCGCACCUUCGUCCUACUGGUACAUGAAGGGCAUUCCGAUCAUGGCAAUUAGCGAAGUUGUCGACUACAUCGUGCUGAUGGCCUACGACUUGCACGGACAGUGGGAUUAUAACAACACGUAUGCCGAUCCCGGCUGUCCGGAUGGCAGCUGUCUGCGGUCCCAUGUGAAUUUGACCGAGACUCUAAGCGCCCUAUCCAUGAUCACCAAGGCUGGUGUUGCGUCAAACCAGGUCGCCGUGGGAGUGGCCAGCUAUGCCCGAUCAUUUCAGAUGGUGGAGGCGGGCUGCUAUGGGCCUGACUGCUUUUUCACGGGCCCUGAUUCUGGGGCAGUUCCUGGUCCCUGCACGGACACGGCCGGUUACAUCUCCAAUGUUGAGCUUGCCGCCAUCGCGGAGGAGAUGGAAGUAUAUACAUAUAUUGACGACUCAGCGAACUCGAACAUUAUGGUCUGGAAUGAGACCCAGUGGGCCGGCUACAUGGACGAUGAUAUCAAGGCGACUCGCUUCACGUUGUAUGAAGAAUACAACUUUCUGGGAACUGCCGAUUGGGCCAUUGACCUUAUCGACACCAGUGGUUCAUCUUCCGAGGGGUCCGCAUGCGAGGUUUACAUCGACCCGUCAAUCUGGGACGAGGAUGAACCAUCGGUGACAGCUAUCCCGGGCUGUUCCUUGAUCUGGCCUCCCCAGCCGCUGAGCACCACAACCACCAUCACCUUUCCUGCUUGGACAACGACGAUCACUUACACGACCGUUGUGACCGAAACAACCUCCGCCUCCAGCGGGGCAGAUGUCACUGCACUGACCUCCCACGUCAGUUACUGGUUCCCCACUGUCAUUACCAUUGACCCCAUCCCAACUACAGCUAUUCCUGUGUGGGGUGUCAAUCUCCCUAACAGCAGCACCACGGGCACGAUCUAUUUGACCUCCUCCGUUGAGCCAUCUCCGUUCGCUCUGGUGUAUACUCCAACCGUUGGAGGCACUACCGUAGUCUCAAGCGCCACAACCACCGCAACUCAGACCUCUGAAGUCUUCAUCUGGGGAGAUUACACCUACACGGAACCCGGUGUCACCGAAACUCUUGGAGGAUCUACAACCGUCAUCAGCGGAACAACAUUGCCUCCGGUUACCACGACCCUGACGCCUGUCGUGUAUCCCAGCACGACAGCCACCACGCACGACACAAAGCUCAACACCAAGACGACACAUUGGAAGAGUGGUAAACCUGCCAGUCCGACGGCCACAUCAGGAUGUGCCGGCUGUGGUACGGGCUGUAAACUGUUCUGCGAUUCGAGCUGCCCUACCUGCCCAUUCGGUAUCGAAACUGACGGCGGUGGUGGCGGCGACAACCCUGACGACGAUGACUCCGGAUGCGAGGUGACCGCCACGACGAAGACAUUCACAUCCGCCACGACCGCAGCCUGUCCUGUUGUAACCGCAGGAACGGACCUGUACCUCAACGCGGAUGUCUUUGAUGGUUGUGCUCCGUGUGCCUGGCACUUUAUCCCACUCUACAAUGAUGAUGAUGACACCUAUGAAGACGACUGGCCCAUGCUGUAUGAAUCCACGUUUGCCUGGCCGUCGAUAGACCUCAAGCGUCGUGGAAUGGACAGUGAUCUGCCCAGAGAGACUGGUGCAGCAAUUACCGCUCCUCCUGACGCGAUGAUCACCCCGGGCCCGAAGAUACCUGGAACACCGAAGGCUCAUGGCGGCCUGGCCAAGCGAGAGAACAAGCGAGAAACAAUCACAAAGGUGGGAGCUUGCGCGAUCCCCGACGGCACCACAGUCACCGUACCUGAGUACACACCCGGCAUUAGUUGGUUCAACAGUGAGCUUGCUGGGGAGAUUGUGGGGACUCAGACUUCGAUGCCGCGUUGGUAUCAUACCACCACGGCGGCUGGGUGUGCGGUGCAGGUUACGCAAGCUGCCAUUGCAGAUCUCUCUACUGACUUCCAAUACGUGGCUACUCUUGACCAUGCGUGUAAGUUUCCUGGACCGCGUCAUCUAGUACUGCGGUGCUAA